AUGUUAAAUGGAAAAGUGUAUCAGUUCUUAUAUGCCAUCGUCUUUUUGAUAUUAUGGAAUCAAACCUCAGCUGGACCUGGCUACAGUAAAAGGGAACGAUCAAUUAAAUUGCCUUCCUUUUUGAAAAUCUGCCAUCGUUCGGAUCCUCAGCUAAAUAAAUGUGCCCGCAAUGCACUGUAUUCGUUAAAGGAUCGUUUAGAAUAUGGUAUACCCGAAUUGUAUAUACCAGCUAUGGAACCAUUGGUUAUACCGGAAAUAAAAAUGAACCAGGACACCGGUGCUGUGUACAUAAAAUCCAGUUAUAAAAAUGUUGAAAUCUAUGGCAUGUCUAGAUUUGCCGUUAAGUCGCUGCACAUUGAUGCGAAUAAAAUGAAAUUUACCACCACCAUGCUGUUUCCCAAUCUAACCAUGCAUGCCGAUUAUGAAAUUGAUGGUAAAAUAAUGAUGAUGCCAAUGACCGGAUCGGGAAGAUGUAAUGCCAACUUUACCGAUGUCACCAUGACCACUGUGAUUUUGGGUGAGCGACAAAAGAAAAAUGGACGCACCUAUUUCAAUGUCAAGGAUAUCACAGUGAACUAUAAUGUGGGGAAAGUUCAAAUCCAUUUAAAUAAUCUGUUCAAUGGUGACAAUGCUUUGGGUGAACGCAUGAAUGCUUUUUUGAAUGAGAACUGGGAUUCGUUGUCGGAAGAGUUGAGGCCAUUGCUGGAGAAAGCCUUCUCUCGGGUAAUACGUUCGUCAACAGAUAAGUUAUUUAAAGCUUAUAGCUAUGAUGAGCUGUUGCCAAAGUAA